UCCUCCACCCCCCCGCCCCCUUGCCCCCCCUUGGUUUUCCCUUUUUCGCAAGCCCCGAAUAGAAUGGAGUAAGAGAGUGCAAGCGAAAUACCCCACUCCAAUGUGACGCGGUAACCAAUAAGAUGAAACUAAAGGCCUAGAACGAAACCCUUCUCUCCUACUCCUUCCUCUCAGCAUUUUAUCCUCCCUCUUUUCGUUUUUCACUCCACUAUGCAGAUGCUACUCUUGCCUGUCCUAACCUCUCGUCAUCCGCCGCUAUUUUUCGCAGAUCCAAGGCUUCUUAAAAUGGCUCCAUCGGAGCCGAUCUCCGUUCCCAUUCCAGAAAGCAGCAUUCCUGAUGGUGUCGGCUGCUCCGGAUCGGGCGACGAAGAAGGCUGCAAGCUGCUUGACAGUUUCGCUAUUCUUGUUCAAAUAUGCCUGGCAACCACGGCGUUGCUAGUGCUUGUAUACAAGCGGUGGAGAGAGCGACCGCAACGGCCAGUGCCUGUGUGGGCAUUGGAUGUGAGCAAACAGUUUUUGGGCGCGGGUGUCAUUCAUUUCUUGAACUUGGCGGUGAGCUAUUUGGUGGGGCGGCCUAUGAAUGGCCCCAAAACGAAUCUCUGCGUAUGGUACUUUCUCAACGUGCUCGUGGACACCACCAUUGGCGUGGGUAUUCUCUGGUUCUGGCUUCACUCGCUGCAAUGGAUACUUGCACGAUACUUGCAUGUGCGAUACAUUCGAAGUGGGGAGUAUGGUCCUCCACCACUGCGUCGCCGUUUGUUGCCAUGGGCACGACAGACCGCUGUCUUUAUUGUAUCCGAAGCCCUGAUGAAGCUGUGUGUGUUGGGCUUGUUCCGUCUGUGUCCCUUUUUGUUCAAUGUCGGCAACUGGGCACUGCGCUGGACACGUGGCAAUCAUCGCUACCAAGUAGUAUUUGUCAUGUUUAUAUUCCCCUUGGUGAUGAAUGCAGUCCAGUUUUGGAUCGUGGAUACCAUCGUCAAGGUCAAUCCAGCGCUGGCCGGCAGCUAUUCAAACAAUGUUCCCAAAUACACCAAUCCUGACGAACACUAUCCCUCAGGCGACGAUGAAGAAAGUGCAUCAUCGCCUGCCAUCAACAACAGUACCACUGCUUCUCAUAAUGCUCAUCGUGAAGGCAAUGAACGCACUCCAUUGUUACGCAGCAGCUCUUCAUAGUCUUUUAUGAUACCAUAGAUAUACCAACUCUACCAAUAGUUUUGUAAAUAACAACAUAUCACAUCAUCCAUCUCCACACACACACACACACACACAACAAAUAAUAUAAAUACUAGAAGUUUUACCAGCGGGUAAUGAAUU